AUGUCAACCCCAGGCUCGACUCUCUGUUGCCAGGCCCUGUGCCUUGGCAUCUUCAGGCCGCGACUAUCAAGCACCCACAUUCAGCGGACUGUGUCAAAAGACAACCCUCUCCGCAUCGAUGAUCGUAGCUUGAAAGGCAGUGGUUAUCGCCAGAGGCAGCGGGCCAUGGUUACAUCGAGACUCUGUUUUGGCUUUUCGGCCUUUCCCGGACUCACCACCUCCGCCAAUCUUCAGCACCGUGGAGAGCUGCUUCGACAGAGCGUUGUUUGCAACUGUAACUGGUCGCUUGAAACAUCACAUCGUUCGAAAACCGUCGUGACUACAGGGCCGGGUGAUAGUGAUACACCUAAUGUCCCCGAAACCGAAAAGAGCCCCCCUUACCUCCCAGUUGCAGAUAGAAUGCCCUUAGAUUCUGGAAUAAUUCCGUACCGGAUAAGGUUUAGCAUCCCUGCUCGGAUGAUCGACAGGCCACACACAAAUUACGAUGUUUUGAGGAGAGGCACCAGAUUCCUCCGCCCUGACCCCGGGGCCGUGUCUGGUCAUUGGGUGUUUCGAAAAAUGGGGCUCAUUUCCACAGUUUGA